AUGGCCGCCGAGAGGAUCACGACUAUUUCUCCUGCGACCAACAAGCCCAUCGUAGAACGCUAUGGCCCUACAGAUGCUGAAUUUGCAGACAUCCCAAAGACUGCUCAAAAGGCCUUCUUGAAAUACUCCAAGACGCCACUGGCAGAACGGCAGAAGAUUGUCAAGAAGGCACUGCAGUUGCUUGACGAGAAACAAGAUGAAUUGGCAAAAGACAUUACCAACGAGAUGGGACGACCAAUUGCAUUCGCCGCGAAAGAAGUCACUACUGCUGUGGCGAGGGGCGAGUACCUCUUGAAAAUUAGCGACGAAGCUUUGUCAGAUACACCGGGCGAGCCUCAAGAAGGCUUCAAACGCUUUAUCAGGAAAACCCCGCUCGGUCCUGUCUUGAUUCUCUUCCCAUGGAAUUACCCAUAUCUAACACUCGUCAAUUCCCUCGUGCCAGCACUCCUAGCGGGCAACAGUGUCAUUUUGAAGCCUUCACCACAAACGCCUACGACUGCGGAAUCUGUGCACAAGAUCUUUGUCGAAGCUGGACUCGACAAAGAUGUCAUCCAGUUCUUCCACGCUGGCGAUUUCGACAAAAUCGCAAAAUUGGUGCAGGCUCCUGAGAUCCAGCUAGUCUGCUUCACAGGCUCCGUUGCCGGCGGUCUCGCUGUGCAGAAGGCGGCGGCUGGCCGCGUUGACUGUCGCGUUGGCCUAGAGCUUGGCGGCAAAGACCCGGCCUAUAUUCGGCCUGAUGUUGACCUCGCGUGGGCGGCCGAGGAGAUUGUUGAUGGUGCUGUUUUCAACUCUGGCCAGUCUUGCUGCAGCUUGGAGCGUGUCUAUGUUCACGAAAGCGUGCAUGACAAGUUCGUCGAGGAAGUAAAGAAGGUCCUUGCAAACUAUAAACUUGGCGACCCAACGGACAAGGCCACACAUGUUGGCCCUGUUGUCAGCAAAGCGGCGAAAUUGCGCAUUGAAGAUCACAUCAACAAUGCUGUCAAGCAGGGGGCGAAGAAUGAGACACCCGACAACGCCUCUUUCAAGAACCCCCCAUCCGAUGGCAAUUACGUGUCGCCCACCCUCUUGACGAAUUGUACACAAGACAUGCAGGUUGUGCAGGAGGAGACAUUUGGCCCGGUCAUACCUGUUCUGAAGGUGAAGUCUGAUGCUGAGGCUGUUCAAAAGAUGUCCGACAACCAGUAUGGUCUCACUGCAUCGGUCUGGACCAGAGACGUCGCCAAAGGCAACGAACUUGCUGAUGAUAUCGAGGCCGGCACUGUCUUCAUCAAUCGCUGCGACUAUCCCGCUCCGGAUCUGGCUUGGGUUGGGUGGAAAGACAGUGGCAAAGGCCAGACAUUGUCGCGCUUCGGGUUCGAUCAAUUCGUGAAGCUCAAGAGCUACCACGUGAAGAACUACCCCAAAUGAGGAGCAAGAGCGACGACGAGGUAAUCCCGGGACAGGCCGGCUGCUGCAUCAACCAAAUGCGACAACUUCUAUUCUGGUGGUAAACUCUUGCUUUAUAAAAGAAAGUCAGCCAAACGACGCUGCGGCGCCAAAUGGUCGGAACUUUCGGAUUGACAGGCCAUGCAUGCCGGGUGCUGCACAGCUGCAGGACUCAGGAUGCACGGACUGCGCAUCGCGGAUGAUGAUCAAUUAGUGCGGUCGACGCAAGGCACGGCACGUAACACAAGGCAGAUGUGUGAACCUCGACUUCUCUAGCGUCUCCGUCCCCGCUUUGUUCGCGACCUCACUUCUCGACUUCAGCCACCGACUAAUAAUCAGUUACCAGAAACGUGUCGAUUGGGCCUGUGGCGGACCGACACUCUAAAGGUCCCAAAGCCGGGGGGGGGGGGGUGUGCCUGAAUCUCCUGUCCAAAUCGG